AUGGCGAUAAUGGUGGAUAGUGGGCAAGAGAGGCUAGGUGAUGAUUCACCAAGCAUUUCAUCACCCAGCAAAUGGAGCCGUGAGAGAUAUCCAGGCUCUUUAUUGUUUAACCUGGGCGCAUUCAUCCUGCCGGCUUUGUACAGCACACUCAGCAAGCUCUGGGUCGCGAACAUCGACGCUAGUCAUGUCGUUACAACUGACAUCUACACUUACAUUGGUGUGAUUGUCGAGGUCUUGAAUGAGGGCCUCCCACGCUCGGCAUGGCUGGUGAUUGGGGAUAAGUCUACACGAACGAUUCGCGCGCGGAUGGAUCUGGCCUAUACAAUGAUCUUUGUGCAAACCGGGCUUGGGAUACUGAUGACGGUGGUAUUUCUAUCCUGCUCAAAGACUCUCGCUGCGGGAUUCGUUCCUGUGGAAGUAAAACAGACCUCGAUCACAUAUGUGCGACUCUCAUCUGUGCAGGCUGUUACAUCUGCGGUGGAAACAGCUCUGUCAGCCUCAACCAGAGCUCUUGACAAUCCUGAUGUACCGCUGAUUAUAAGUUCUGCCAAGUUUCUCAUCAAUAUUGUCCUUGAUCUACUUUUGAUUUCAAAGGUUCAUGUGGGUGCUUGGCAGCCUACAAUUGUCAUGCAGGGCAUCGUUCGACUUGCUUGUGAUACGGUCUCUGCUUUAUGUGGAGCAAUAUACUUCUUUACCAUGGUAGUCAACCGUUACCAGACGGACUCGGAAAGCCCACGAAGAUUUCGUUGGAAUGCAUCGACGCUAUUGACACUCAUCAGACCAAGCAUGUACACCUUCUCAGAAUCUGCCAUUCGGAACGCAAUAUACCUGUGGCUUGUUCACAGAAUAAUCUUGCUAGGAUCUGACUAUGCGACUGCAUGGGGGGUGUUCAACACGAUUCGCUGGGGGCUCGUCAUGGUUCCUGUGCAGGCCUUAGAAGCCUCGACUUUGGCUUUUGUUGGACAUAACUGGGGCCAACUCCGCGCCCGUGCAGGUACUGAGUACAUCAGUCUAUCACGGCGAGAUCUUUUGAGCAAGUGA